AAAAACGCAUUAAGCAACCCCAACCCAUAACACUUUUUGUUUAUAAAAACACAUUUCAUCUGACACUUCCCACUGCCACUAUCAUCUUUCCCUUCUAUUCCCAUUCUUCUUCUUUUUCUUCUUCUUCUUCUUCUCCUUGUUCUUCUUCACAACAAUAAUUAUUUAAUUUCAACCAUUAAUUCAAUUAAUAAACCCAAACCUUGUUCUCUUCUCUUUUUUUCAUUCUCUUGAACCCACAUUAUGGGUUCUGUUUCAACCUUCUUCUUCUUUUUGCUUCUCAUUAUUACUCUCUUUUCACAAUGCCAAUCCUUACCGUUCAAAAAAACUUACAUAGUUCACAUGAAAGACCACGAUAAGCCUACUGUAUACCCAACCCAUCACGAUUGGUACUCUUCAACUCUCCAAUCUCUCUCCAUUUCAACCGAUUCCGACGACAUUGACUCCGAUCCAUUUCUCUAUUCUUACACAACCGCUUAUAACGGUUUCGCUGCAUCACUUAACGAACAACAAGCCAAAACACUACUCCAAAACGACGCCGUUUUGGGAAUUUACGAAGAUACCUUUUACCAUCUUCACACUACAAGAACACCACAGUUUCUUGGUUUAGAAACUGAAACUGGUUUAUGGGAAGGUCAUAGAACUCAAGAGUUAGAUCAAGCGUCACACGAUGUUAUCAUUGGUGUGCUUGACACUGGAGUGUGGCCUGAAUCUUUGAGUUUUAACGAUAAUGGUUUGCCUCAGAUUCCCACGCGCUGGCGUGGCGCGUGUGAGAAUGCACCUGAUUUUAAUUCUUCUGUUUGUAACAGAAAACUCAUCGGAGCAAGAAGCUUCUCGAGAGGCUUUCAUAUGGCUUCUGGUUAUGGAAAAGGUGAUAAAGAUAAAGAGAUUGUUUCUCCUCGUGAUAGUGACGGACAUGGAACUCAUACGGCGAGCACCGCCGCGGGAUCUCACGUCGGAAAUGCAAGUUUUCUCGGUUACGCUGCCGGAACAGCGAGAGGUAUGGCUCCUCAAGCGCGUGUUGCUGCUUACAAAGUUUGUUGGACUGACGGUUGUUUUGCUUCGGACAUUCUCGCCGGAAUGGAUCGUGCUAUUCAAGACGGUGUCGAUGUGCUUUCUCUUUCUCUCGGCGGUGGAUCUGCUCCGUAUUUUCACGACACAAUCGCGAUCGGAGCUUUCGCCGCGGUUGAACGAGGAAUCUUCGUUUCAUGCUCCGCCGGAAACAGCGGUCCGACUAAAGCUUCACUCGCUAACGUCGCGCCGUGGAUUAUGACGGUUGGAGCCGGAACUCUAGACCGAGAUUUUCCGGCUUAUGCGACGUUAGGUAAUAAAAAACGGUUUUCGGGAGUUUCACUUUACAGUGGAAAAGGAAUGGGAAAUAAACCGGUUAGUUUGGUUUAUUUCAAAGGUUCAAAUUCAAACCAAUCCGCAAGUAUUUGUUUAGCCGGUUCACUUAACCCGGAUUUAGUUCGUGGAAAAGUAGUUAUAUGCGAUAGAGGAAUCAACGCGCGCGUGGAGAAAGGUAAAGUUGUAAAAGAAGCCGGAGGAAUUGGAAUGAUACUUGCGAACACCGUCGCGAGUGGGGAAGAGUUAGUAGCGGAUAGUCACCUGUUACCGGCUGUGGCGGUAGGGAGAAUAGUUGGUGAUGAGAUCAGAGAGUAUGUAUCGUCUGAUUCUAAUCCAACGGCUUUGCUUAGUUUUGGUGGAACUGUUUUGAACGUUAGACCUUCACCUGUUGUAGCAGCGUUUAGUUCAAGAGGACCUAAUAUGAUAACUAAAGAGAUUUUGAAACCUGAUGUUAUUGGGCCUGGUGUUAAUAUUUUGGCUGGUUGGUCAGAAGCUGUUGGGCCCUCUGGGUUGGUUGAAGAUACUCGGAAAACUCAGUUCAAUAUUAUGUCAGGUACUUCAAUGUCUUGUCCACACAUAAGUGGGUUAGCUGCACUACUGAAAGCAGCUCAUCCAACUUGGAGUCCAAGUGCGAUUAAAUCAGCACUUAUGACAACGGCUUAUAUACACGACAAUUCCAAGUCCCCACUUCGCGAUGCUGCUGAUAGAUCCUUUUCAACUCCAUGGGCUCAUGGUGCUGGCCAUGUCAAUCCGCAAAAAGCACUUUCUCCUGGCCUUGUUUAUGAUGCUUCAACAAGAGAUUACAUUACAUUCUUGUGCUCCUUAAACUACAACCCUGAGCAAAUCCAACUCAUUGUUAAGCGACGUGGUGUCAAUUGUACCAGGAAGUUCUCUAAUCCUGGUCAAUUGAAUUACCCGUCUUUCUCAAUCGUGUUUUCGGGCAAGAGGGUCGUGAGAUACACGCGCAUCUUGACAAAUGUUGGUGAGGCGGGUUCUGUCUAUAAUGUGGUGGCUGACGGGCCAUCUACGGUGGGGAUAAUAGUGAAGCCGAGUAGGCUUGUGUUUGAGAAAGUAGGGGAAAGAAAAAGGUACACGGUUACCUUUGUGUCUAAGAAAGGUGCUGGUGCAGUUAGGAAUGGAUUUGGUAGCAUCCUAUGGAGCAAUGCACAACACCAAGUUAGAAGCCCAGUUGCUUUUGCUUGGACAAAUUUGUGAGUGAGUUUGUGGAUUUGUAUUUUAAAUUUUAAAGUACUAUUUUAAAAGCCAACAAGCCUUUUCUUUGGUCAAAAAACAAAAAGGAGAGAAAAAAGUGCUUUGAAGCUUUGAUGCCAUCCACAACAUAACAUUAUUUAGUUGGAAGUUUAGAAGGUUGUGCUUUCUUUGUUGUGCUUUUUUUAAAUGUGGGGAAUGUUGGUAAACACAUAUUAAGAUUGAAAAAGGGAGUGAGGAUAUAUGUUCUUGUAAUUUGUUUUAGUUGUUGUGUGUACGGUGUACCUGGAAAAAUACAAAUGUUACAAAACAAGGACAUUAGUGCAAAA